GGACGCAGAGCUUCGGGACUGCGCCGCCGCUCGGGCUCUGCUUCUCUGCGGGGCUCGGCGCGCGAAUUCCGGGCAGACCCAGCAUGGCGGUGGAAGAAGAGGGGCUCCGGGUCUUCCAGAGCGUGAAGAUCAAGAUCGGUGAAGCCAAAAAUCUUCCCACUUACCCGGGGCCAAACAAGAUGCGAGAUUGUUACUGCACCGUGAACCUAGACCAGGAGGAGGUUUUCAGGACCCAAAUCGUGGAGAAAUCACUCUGCCCCUUCUACGGAGAGGACUUCUACUGCGAGAUUCCGCGGAGUUUCCGUCACCUGUCCUUUUACAUUUUCGAUAGAGACGUUUUCCGGAGAGAUUCAAUUAUAGGGAAGGUGGCCAUCCGGAAGGAAGACCUGCAGAAGUACCACAACCGGGACACGUGGUUCCAGCUGCAGCACGUGGACGCCGACUCCGAGGUGCAGGGCAAGGUCCACCUGGAGCUGAGGCUGAGUGAGGUCAUCACCGACUCGGGUGUCGUCUGCCACAAGCUGGCCACGCGCAUCCUCGAGUGCCAGGGCCUCCCCAUCGUGAACGGGCAGUGUGACCCCUACGCCACGGUGACCCUGGCAGGACCAUGCAGGUCGGAAGCAAAGAAGACAAAAGUGAAAAAGAAGACCAACAACCCCCAGUUUGACGAAGUGUUUUACUUUGAGGUGACCAGGCCCUGCAGCUACAACCGCAAGUCCCACUUCGACUUCGAGGACGAGGACGUGGACAAGCUGGAAAUCCGGGUGGACCUCUGGAACGCCAGCAACCUGAAGUUUGGGGACGAGUUUCUGGGGGAACUGAGGGUCCCGCUGAAGGUGCUGCGGCAGUCCAGCCCCCACGAGGCCUGGUACUUCCUUCAGCCCCGGGACAACGGCAGCAAGAGCCUGAAGCCGGAAGACCUGGGGUCCCUGCGUUUGAACGUGGUUUACACGGAAGACCACGUCUUCUCCUCCGACUACUACAGCCCCCUGCGGGACCUGCUUCUGCGGUCGGCGGACGUGGAGCCCGUCUCGGCGUCCGCGGCCCACAUCCUGGGCGAGGUCUGCAGGGAGAAGCAGGAGGCGGCCGUCCCGCUGGUGCGGCUCUUCCUGCACUACGGCCGGGUGGUGCCCUUCAUCAGUGCCAUCGCCAGCGCCGAGGUCCGGAGGACCCAGGAUCCCAAUACCAUCUUCCGAGGAAACUCGCUAACGUCCAAGUGCAUUGACGAGACGAUGAAGCUGGCGGGGAUGCACUACCUGCACGUCACCCUGAAGCCCACCAUAGAGGAGAUUUGCCAGAGUCACAAGUCCUGUGAGAUCGACCCCGUGAGGCUGAAGGACGGUGAGAGCCUGGAGAGCAACACGGAGAACCUGCGGCAGUACGUGGACCGCGUCUUCAGCGUCAUCACCAAGUCGGGGGUGAGCUGCCCCACCGUCAUGUGUGACAUCUUCUUCUCCCUGCGAGAAGCGGCCGCCAAGCGCUUCCAAGAUGACCUGGACGUGAGGUACACGGCCGUGAGCAGCUUCAUCUUCCUGAGGUUCUUCGCUCCAGCCAUCCUGUCCCCCAACCUCUUCCAGCUCACGCCCCACCACACAGACCCGCAGACGUCGAGGACGCUGACGCUUGUCUCGAAGACCAUUCAGACUCUCGGCAGCCUGUCCAAGUCCAAGUCUGCCAGUUUUAAGGAAUCCUACAUGGCUGCAUUCUAUGAAUUUUUCAACGAGCAGAAGUACGCUGAUGCAGUGAAAAAUUUCUUAGAUUUGAUCUCGUCCUCCGGGAGAAGAGACCCCAAGAGUGUGCAGCAGCCCAUCCUGCUUAAGGAAGGGUUCAUGAUUAAGAGGGCACAGGGGCGAAAACGCUUUGGGAUGAAGAAUUUUAAGAAAAGAUGGUUUCGCCUGACAAACCAUGAAUUUACCUACCAGAAAAGCAAAGGGGACCCGCCUCUCUACAGCAUCCCCAUUGAGAACAUCCUGGCCGUGGAGCCGCUGGAAGAGGAGUCCUUCAAGAUGAAGAACAUGUUCCAGGUCAUCCAGCCCGAGCGGGCAUUGUACAUCCAGGCCAACAACUGCGUGGAGGCCAAGGCCUGGAUCGACAUCCUCACCAAGGUGAGCCAGUGCAACCAGAAGCGCCUGGCUGUCUACCACCCGUCCGCCUACCUGAACGGCCACUGGCUGUGCUGCAGGGCCUCCUCAGACACGGCCGCCGGCUGCUCCCCCUGCACCAGCGGCCUCCCAGCAAACAUCCAGCUGGACAUCGACGGGGACCGAGAGACUGAGCGCAUCUACUCUCUCUUCAGCUCGUACAUGAGCAAACUCGAGAAGAUGCAAGGGAGCACCCCAUCGGAGACAAGAGCUUCCAAAGCUACAUCAGGCAGCAGUCUGAGACCCCCGCCCAUUCCAUGUGAAGCCCGCGGGACCCCCUGUCCCAGGAUGGUGCCCUGUGCUGCGCCGGGUGAGCCCAUGUCCAGGAAGGAGAGAACACCAGACCAGAGGGCAGCUCCUCAGCUUGCAAGCCGACAGGGGUCGAGCUUGUGAACUUCUGAGGCUCCCGGGCCACUUCUGGGUGGCUGUGCACUUGACCACGCCAGUGGCAGGCAACCUGAGCUGGCAUGUCGGGAACAAGGUGCCAGCGAUACCGCGGCCUGCAGAGCGGGUACCCUGUGCUGCGUGCACGUUGGUCUCCACUGGGCUGUGGCGCCCGCACCGUGGAGCCUUCCGGCACUAACGUUCUGCUUCGACUCAGCGGGGAUGUUGUGAGCGUUAUUCUUUUCCUGUGAGCCAGCCGUGGGCGGCCACCAGCACGAGGCCUCCUGGUUUCAGCUUUUGACGUUUGUAUCUGUCCUGGCCAGAGGGUCGGGACCGCACGGAGAUCCCAGUUUGAGGAUGCCCUCGCUCUCUGGGGACAUGGGGUCCUUUUGCAGAGAGAUUUCCUAGGGGUCCCAGCCUUCAUUCCCGAGGUGGGAGCCCCCCUGCCUGCUGCUGAUACGCGUCCACGCAGCCGCCACAUCAAGCAAAGUUGUGUUGUUUGCUGUCAGUGGGGCUAAAAGUAGAAUCCACGUUUGCCACCCUGGUGGGAGUUUGGGGAAGGUUGUAAAAAUAGAAAUGUGCAUUAUUUUCAAGCUGUUUUUCUUAGUGUUUUUAAAGGACUGUUUUUAACUAGCUCUUUGAUAUAAAGUAACUCAGAACAUCCAGGCCUGUAUGUGCCUCCAUAGGACAGAAAAGGGAGUGGUUGUGUCUCAUGGCAGCCAAGUAAAGGUCCCCGAGAGAAAACAGGGAGGGAGGCAGGGAGAAACCUGGGCCCGUACUGGGAGGCUCGGGAGUGGACACCGGGCCAGGGGCAGUGCUCGCUGUCUCUGAGGCCCUGGGGGCUGCCAGGGCUGCUGUGCUUUGGGGGUUGGGGGUCCUGACGAGCUUCUGCUGACUCCCCCGAAAGCCUCGGCUGCAGCCUGGCUUUGGAAAGGCCCUUUCAGACCCAUAGGACCAGGUGCCACGUGCCUGUCUGUUCAGACUCGAGAUCUAGAUGGCAGAUAGUAACAUUGCCUGUUGUCACAAAAAUGGUGGAGGAAAAUGUUGCAAAAAAAAAAAGCUCCAUAUACGCAGCUAUUAGGCUGCUCCAAACUGCAGUUUUUAAUAUGGAUUUGUAAUUUAAUGUUUCUGUUUAUAAGAUACUAAUGAUUUGUGAUGUAUUUUACUGGCCAAUUAAAACAGACCUUUUAUUCUUUCUGA